AUGGAAGAAACGGUCACCUUCACCGCCGGCGAGACUUCGACACCGCCCGACGUCCGGAUCCUGCAUUACAACGACGUGUAUCACCUAGACUCGUCCUCGGCCGAACCGGUAGGCGGUGUCGCCCGGUUCCAGACCGUGUGCAACUAUUACCGCAACGAUGGUCGGUUCGAAGGCCAGCCCGAGCUGGUGACUCUGUUCUCUGGCGAUGCAUUCAACCCGAGUCUGGAAAGCAGCGUUACGAAAGGCAGCCAUAUGGUCCCUGUUCUUAACAAGAUAGGCACAGAUGCCGCCUGUGUGGGUAACCACGACCUCGACUUUGGAGUCAAGCAGUUUCGGAGUCUCGCUUCCCACUGCACAUUUCCGUGGCUUCUGGCAAAUGUCCUUGACCCUCAACUGGGAGAAGACGUCCCGCUCGGAAACGCAAAGAAGACGGUCAUCCUUACAGCGUCGAAUGGCAUCAAGAUAGGCCUUAUUGGUCUCGUCGAACGCGAGUGGCUGGACACCAUCAACUCGUUGCCACCGAACCUCAUCUACAAAUCUGUCUCGGCGACGGCGGAAGAGCUUGUCCCCGGUCUACGAGAGCAGGGUUGUGAAAUUAUCAUCGCGCUCACGCAUCAGCGAGAACCCAACGACAACAAGCUCGCUGAGAAGACCUCGGACGGAUUGAUCGAUCUCGUCCUAGGCGGCCAUGAUCACUUUUACUCACACACGCUGAUCAAGAGCACGCAUGUGUUACGAUCCGGCACCGACUUCAAACAGCUAAGCUAUAUCGAAGCGCGUCGGCGGUCUGGGACGGAGCGCAAAUGGGACUUUCGUAUCGUCCGACGAGAUAUUGUCUCACAAGUUCCGGAGGACCCGGAAAUGCUGGAAAUCACAGCGAAGUUGACCGAGUCGUUGAAGGGUAAACUUGAAAAACCCCUUGGGUAUACUGCGGCGCCGCUGGACGCGAGGUUCACCACGGUUCGACUUAAAGAGUCCAACCUGGGUAACUUUGUGUGUGACCUGAUGCGCUUGCAUUACGAUGGCGACUGCUGUCUCAUGGCUGCAGGCACAAUUCGGGGAGACCAGGUGUAUCCUCCGGGAAUGCUGAAGCUCAAGGACAUUCUAAACUGCUUCCCAUUCGAAGACCCCUGUAUUGUCAUACGAGUCACGGGUGCAGCGCUGCUGGCCGCUCUGGAGAAUUCGGUGUGCGCGUAUCCCGCACUCGAAGGCCGCUUUCCUCAAGUGUCGAACAUUCGGUUCGAAUUCGACCCUUCCCUGCCCCCUCAUCACCGGAUCAAGUGGAGCAAGGUUGGUGGAGAGCCUAUUGACCUUGAGAAAAAGUACGUUCUUGUAACAAGAGGGUAUAUGGGACGAGGCAAGGAUGGCUUCGACUCGUUACUCGUUCAGUCCGAAGGAGGCCAGGCAGAGGAAAUUGUGUCAGAAGAGAAUGGCAUCCUCAUCAGCAUGCUGCUUCGGCAGUACUUCAUGUCGCUCAAGACUCUGGGCAAGUGGAAACACUGGGGCAAGAGCCUGAAUAGGCAUUGGAAGGGAAUCCAAGAUGAUUUACACGAGACUCAUCCUGUUCUCGCGUCGUCGCCAUCUUCGACUAACACAGGAGGCGAGAAUGUGUCGUCCAAGCGGGAACGAGCGGAAAGUGUCGCUGUCUCUACUACACCGCUCGACACUUCCGACGACGAGGAUGGACACCACGAGAUCGUAGACAUACCGAGUAAGUGGAGCGAUGAUGAACUGAAGAUCAUCAGGCAGGUCAUGCGCAAAUGGAGACGACUGGCUGGGCUCCAGGGACAUUCCGAGUGCUGCGAGAAUAUGAAGGAGGAAGAGUUUCAGGUUGAUUGGACCAAGGCCAUUGCACCCAGACUGGAAGGGAGGAUCCAGAUGACAAAGUCAGAUGUAGGAGUACAGGGCCGAGGUUGA